AUGGAGACUCCUCGAGCACGUGGCAUGGGCCGAUCAGGUCCCCGCCGCCGCACGGGGUGUCUGACGUGCCGGUCGCGCAAGGUGCGGUGCGAUGAGCUCAAACCAACAUGUGCGAACUGCACUCGUUUGCGUCUCCCAUGUACCUAUAAGACCAUCGUCGCGGGCCGCAUCCCCUCACGAGUAAUCAACUGCCAGAAUGGUCCUGCAGCCUCCGCAACCGUGGCUGCCGGAACACCCUCUGACCGUCCCGACGUGAACUUCUUCCACACUGUCCUAUGUGAAGACGGAGUUCCAGCCUUGUCACCACUACGACAGCCAGCCUCUGCCCAUCCGCCAACCGAAUCAGCUGUCGACUUAGUCUCCUCGUCCGAUAUCCUCGGUUUCAUUGGGGAGUUUACCUCUGACUUUCAGCAGAAGCACCUCGACCUAACCACGAAUGGGCUCUCUGGGUUGUCGGCGGGACCUGAGCUUGCCAGUGUCGCUACCACUACAGAAUCCACCAGGAACCAUGCACAAACGCUGAACUGGGCUUCUAGCGCGGACAUGAGCUCGAUUUCUGGCAGUUUAGGCGAUUGUCCUUCUGGAGAGACGGAUGCCCCCCAUCACGAACAGACGCCGUACGAAGCGGAACUGUUCGCGCAUUUCGAGACAAGCGAUCCGCCGCCUACAAUCUUUGGCCCCGUCGACCUGGAUUGGAAGUAUGUGCGAGCACGAAUUGUGCGUCAGUCGCGAGACUGUCGAGCUGUCUUACUUGGUAUCUACUGCUAUUCGGAGGUGCAUCAGACGUGGGUUGAGGGGACGGCGUGGGACCGCCACCGCAAGUCCAGGUACCAUCAGCUGGCGUGGUCAGAAGUGCAAUCAUGUCUAGUCAUGAAGGUACCAGAGCCUGUGCUCAGGCACGUUUUCACAACGGUGCUGAUGUUGAUGUUGGCGGAGCAUCUGUCGAGUCCAGAUCUGGGGGAAGCGGGUACGUCCUUCCUCCACUCAGCCUAUCUACUCCUACAACGCUUUCAUGGCCGGACUAGGCCCUGGACCGGCGUGAGCCGCCUGAUCAGUUCCUGGGUCUCGCUGUUAGACGUCAAGGCAUUGAUUGCAGGGCGUGAGGGUGAUCCGCUCGUUGGCCUGGGGAGCCUUACGCCAGGAAGAAGGGUUGCUGAGGUCCUACCACCUGAGGAAAGCCAUAGUGCGGAUGAGGACAGCCCCGAGCCUGCGUUCCUCAUCCGUGAAGCAGUAACCGGCCCGGCCUUCCAGUUUCUUCUGCAGACGCAACAGAUUCUCCGACGGAUUGUGUGCAUAGACCUACACCACCGAAAUCGCGGCACUGUUAAUGACGAGUUCGAGGUUCUCCAGCUCGCGCAUCAGAUAAGCGCCGACCUGGAAGCGCUCUGGACCCGACGUCCACGCGUGCUCGACAUCCACAGCAGCCCCGAGCUGCUCCACGACACUCUACAGCCUGCGGUUGCGCGGAAGGCAUGCCGGACUUUCAGACAGUACAUUGCCAACUUCCUGGCGAUCUUCAUCUACUUGCACCGCGUCGCAUUCGCCAUCUAUCCGCGGACGGAUCGAGUGCAUCGAGCCGUGAAAGGCAUUCUUCAUCUGGCAGCAAUCGACACACAGUCCCCUGCAGGAGAGAAGCGACAUCUGCCUGCGAGUUUCGUGUGGCCGUUGUUUGUGGCUGGGCUGGAGGCAUCCUUGGAGCAGCGGCAAUGGAUCUUGUCGCAGAUGAAGCAGAUGAGCCAGCGAGGUGAGAACGGUGAGGACCAAUCUCAGCCCGCGCGACACCCGCAUGCCGAAAAUGUGUAUCUCCUGCUGCAGGAGAUGACUAGGCGGCAGGAUGCGUCGCGAACGUGGGCGGAUUCGCGCUGUGUGCGCCGGGAAUUGUUUACUGAUUCCUUCGUGAUGAUCUGA